AUGUCUCUGAGUUCAGGCAUCCAUCUGUCGCUUGAUAAACGGGGUGCAUAUGAUACAACAGGGGUCAAGUUACCCGGCACUCCGCCGCCUCCACCAAAAGCGCUUGGAACAGUGAAUACAGAGGGUGACUUUGGCAGUUUUCUAACAAAAUUUGGUAUUGCUAUUGGAUGGGAAGAUAUAUUGGUCGAAGACCUUCCGCUGAUUUGGGAUAAACCCGGUCCUCGGGAAUAUGGGGCUUGCUUCAAAGUCUCCUUCAUUGUUGACGCGAAGACUCGGUCAAAUCCUUCCAAUAUGGGAAAGAGGUUUGCGAUCAUGAGAGAUAUAGCCAAGUGCGCCGCGAUACACUAUGCAUGCCCAUUGUGCAUGAAAGGGUUUGCGAACCCUGAUCGUGUCUUGAAACACUGCGGCGAAGAGAAGGACGAUCACCACAAAAGCCUUCUGUCAGAGGAGCAGAGCGAAUUCUUGGAGGUCUAUGAGACUUCCAUGGGUCAGCACACCGAGUGUGACACAAUAAAGAUCCAAUACAACGAAUACGGCAGACCUUAUUUUGGUGAAUGUUUUCAACUUGACGAGAUCCUCAAGUACAAACCUUCUCCCCUUCCCCCGCCGUUCUGGUGUACUCAAAUUCUCAUCAGUCUCGAAUCCAUCAUGGCCGAUGUCAAGCUGGGCGAUCAUCCUGAUAGUGGGCGUGUCCAUUCCGCCUCUUUUGUCAGCACCACUAGAGAUAUCGAAUCUAUACAAACCGACGCACGGACGGCCCAGUACGGUUUGGACCGGACCCUGCAGCCACUGAACUACAAUUGGAGAGCUGAUGAGGAUAUCAAAUCAAUCAGUCGCCUCGGAACUUUUGGAUCUGGGAAAACCUACUAUCCCGAGGGGAUAGAAAUACCUCUAUGUGAUAGCUGGGAAUUCCGCCCGAAAGAUAUUAAAACCGAAACAUGUGGCUCUGUUGCAGGGAAGUUACUGGUGGAAAGCUCGAACAAAGUCAAGAGAAUCCCUUUCGGAUCGAUGGUACAGUAUGCAGUUGAGUUUCACUCUCUAGAGCUGCAGACCGCCUUUCGGGAAUACGAAUGGAUCCAUUCCAAAAUUUACUACUAUUUCGUGAGAAGGCGGAAACGGGCUGAACUCUUGCUUAGUGUGAAGGAGGAGCUCAACGCCAAUGGUUCUGACAAAUUCAUCAUUGCUGUCAUCCAGCAUGUAUAUGAUUGUGUCCAAAAAAGGAAAUUGAGCGAUGUCGAUCUGAUCACACCACUCCGGCACUUUAUAACUAGGCCCUUGGAGAAUCAUCUUCAAAAACCGACAUCCGCCAAAGCAAUAUGGCACCAACUCCAGUUGCUUGAACUUCGCUUCAAUAGGUACAUUGAUGGGGACUGGAAGAUUCCACUCGAUACCCGCACCGAUUUCCUCGAGGAUUUCCUGCCAUUGUCUUACGCCGAAAACCUUACCGAGAUCGAUCACGAUUUGUAUCUGAAUCUAUCUAUCAAGUCCUUCGAGAAAAGAGAUGGAGAAGAGAAGAAAGCUUUGACAACCCUUAUAGCUCGCUCAGACAGUCUAGUGUGGUUGGCACUCUCCUAUCUACGCAACUUUUACUCUGUUGAUGCUAUCAAAACAGGAGUCAUGGCUGCUAUCAGCUCAGAAGUCAUACCAAACAACUCGAAGCUGAUCGAGCAGCUUGAUGGCCUUUUUGAUUUUGAAAAAGAGCUGGGUGAGACGAAACCAUGCCUUCUGCCUCUCCUACGCGCAAGAAAAUGUGUGGAACACGGGAUAUCCGGUUUUGGUGCAAGGCUUAUACAAUGGUCAAAGGCAUAUUCGCCAACCUACACAACAAUGCCAAGCAUUAUAGCCAUUCCCUGCAAAGCUGCAAGCCCCAUGCGCAGCAGUUUCUUGCAGGAUAUUCAAUGUGGCAAAACUGCUCCAGAGUUAUCGAAUCCUCGCGAGAAUGUCCCAUCAUAUCCACAAAAAGCAGAUUCAAACCCUCAGCUGUCACAAAAUGAUAAGAUGGUCUACAGCCCGCUAGUCCAAUCAAAGGAAAUCGACAAUAGCCAGGCACUGAAACCUAGCCUGAACAUAUUUAGCUUAUUCUCCUUUCCCUGGCGGUGUCUGGGGGGCUGA